AGAAAAUUGUAACUUAUGACCAACAAUAAAUAUAAGCAGUUGAUUAUUAACUUGCAUCUUAACUUUUCUUUAGCCCUCAGUGAACUUCCCGCUUUUCUUGUGAAGGAUGGAGGUUUGAACUCUGGUUUUAUGUUAGCCCAUUGUACAGCUGCAGCUCUUGUAUCUGAGAACAAGGUACUUUGCCACCCAGCUUCCGUUGACUCUCUCUCGACCAGUGCUGGAACUGAAGACCAUGUGUCUAUGGGCGGAUUUGCCGCCAGAAAGGCUCUGCAAGUGGUUGAAAAUGUGGAACGAGUAAUUGCCAUUGAACUUCUGGCAGCUUGUCAAGCCAUCGAAUUCCUACGGCCAUUGAAGACAACAAAACCUUUGGAAGCCGUAUACCAUCUCGUAAGGUCAUUGGUCAAACCUUGGGACAAAGAUCGUUUCAUGGCCCCUGAUAUCGAUGCUAUCACCGAUUUACUUUGCCGGAAUAAAGUGUGGGAUGAAACAAAGAGUUCUAUUGACCAGUACUACAUUGAAACUACUACGGACUCCAGGCCUUCCUCUCCUACAACAAGCCGCUCCAUCUCUCACAAGAGGCGACGGAUAGACACUAAUAACAAUGUUUAGUUAUUUGAGGAUCCCAACUGUGGGACUAGCUCCAACUUGCCGAUACAGCUUGAUAAACAUUGGACCAGAAAUAGCUAAACUGUUUCAAUGUUCGUGAACAAAUGUUGGAUUGUUCUUCUGCAGUGUGGAUUACAUAUUGUAAAAUAUGUCUUAUUUUCGAUUAAUAUAUCGCCAGACUGUCUCUCAUAUUAUAAAAUCUUUUCUACAUGCUUCCUUUUAUACAACACUCGCUUUUCAAGAACUCCAAGAUCAUCUUCGACCACUACUGUAUAUUCGUACUUGUUUGUUGUUUGUUAAAACUUCAAUAUGAAAUAAUUACAAGUUAGUAUCCACAUAUUACAAUUAAAUACAAUAAUAUCUGUUACCACACACCAUAUUAAGUGCAAUGUAGUAUCCAGAUGACAUAGAACACUAACAUGAUAUCCAGGCAUUAUACUAAAUUUUAUAUAAGAAAAUCUUUUAAAUUAAACAGAAGGUCCAAACUUAUGUAAGCAUAUUCAUAGCUUCACAACCUAAAAAUCAGAACAGUCUUAGAUUAUCAGGACCAGCUAUCUGGACAGUAUGGUUUGUAGCACGUCACGUAUGUAUGAUAGUUAGUUUUAUAUGCUUACUAACCUAAACUAUUUAGUACCAGUUGACUAACAUGAAGAGUCGGUG